UCAGGAUCCAUGCUUAUUCACAUGUUGGUUUGUUUAUUACUGUGAAUUUAACGAAACUAUGCCGGCUAAAGUGGAAAAUAGGAUACUAACUUACGAAGGCUGUAAUUAUUUACGGUAUCGUUUGUUGUUAUCUACACUUUCAGGCAAACCUGUGCGAAUAAAAGACAUAAGAAUUAAGCAUGAUGAUCCCGGACUUAAAGAGUAUGAAGUAAGUUUCAUACGUUUAUUGGAUAAAAUUACAAAUGGAUCAAGGAUUGAAUUAAACGAAACUGGAACCAAUCUAUACUAUAAUCCUGGUUUAUUAAAUGGUGGUGAUCUAGAGCAUGAUUGCAGCUUGCAACGAGGUAUUGGUUAUUACUUGGAAGGUGUUAUGAUAUUAGCUCCAUUCUGUAAAAAACCAGUCGAUAUAAAACUUAGAGGAGUGACUAAUAAUACAACAGAUCCAUCUGUGGACAGAUUUAAAGCAACUGCUAUACCUUUACUGAAAAAAUUUUUAUCAGGUGAUAACGAAAUCAUAUUCAAUAUCACUAAAAGAGGAGCAGCACCCUUAGGUGGUGGAGAAAUUCGUUUUAAAUGCCCUGCUAGUCGUAAUCUCAAAACUAUCCAAUUUCAGAACAGUGGAAUGGUGAAACGGAUACGAGGCACAGCAUGUAGUAUACGCGUUUCUCCUGCUAUCGCUAAUCGACUUGUAGAAUCUGCUAAAGGUGUUUUAUUGCAAUUCCUACCAGAUGUCUACAUUCAUACAGAUCAUUGCAAAGGAGCAUCUAGCGGAAAAUCACCAGGUUUUGGAUUAAGCAUAUCAGCUGAAACAACCAGUGAAGUACUUUUUGGAGGGGAAGCAUUUUCACCUCUCAUGACAACAAGUUCCUUACCCUGUGUGCCAGAAGAUAUUGGUAAAGAGGCAGCAAUUAAAUUAAUCGAUGAAAUUUACAGAAACGGAUGCGUUGAUUCACCCUUUCAAAGCAUGACCGCAAUUUUUAUGGCAUUAGGUAAAAAGGAUGUCUCCAAAGUUGUAACAGGACCUUUAACGCCAGCGACGAUACAAUUUUUACGUGAUUUAAGAGAUUUCUUCGGAAUAGUCUUCAAAAUUGAACCGCAUAAAGAAGAAGAUGAAGUAUUAGAUCAAGUUGUCUUAACUUGUGUCGGUGUGGGCUAUACGAACAUAAGCAAACGAACAUUGUAAAAUAUUAUAUUUAUAUUUUGUUACAUAUAUUUUAAAUGUCACAAUAUUAAUAGGUAUGUUUCUUCAUUUUG